AUGAACAAUAAUAUAAUAUUUGAAACAAGUGAUAAAAAUUCAAGUCUUCUGAAUUAUUUGAAUUAUAACAAAACAGGUGUUAAAGAAGAAUUAAACACAAAUAUUAUAUCAGAUAAAAUAAAAGAAUUGGAUAGGUCACACAAAAAUAUAAUAGAUAACUUUAAUAAAAAUUUAUCUCUAAACAUGAGUUCUGAUUCAAAAAAUAAUUUAAAUAAUAAUAGUGAAAAAGAACCUUCAAAAAACAGAAAAAGUGGAACUCUUUUGUGUAAAAAAAAAGAUGAAAAUAGUACUACAAAUAGCAGCAAGGAAAAUAUGGAUAUAUUACUAGACGAAGACAAAAAGGACAAAGAAAAACUAGAUAAUAAUAAUCAUGUGACUAAGGAUGAUGUUCUUGAAAAUAAAGAAUUAGAUAAUAGUGUAUUAUCAGAUAAACAUAUAAAAAAAAACAAUUUUACAGAUUCAGGUUAUAUAGAAAGUUUGAAAUGUGAAAUUGAGAAAAAAACAGGAAGUGAAACUAUUCAAAAGCAUAAAAGCAAGCUAAACCCAAUUGCACCAGAAUUCAAGCCACAAAAUGCUUUGUAUAUAUAUCAGAAAAUUCAACAACAUACAAAAAAAAAUAUAAUUUUGUUAAUAAAAUCUUUCGCAUAUAAAGGAAUUAAAUUAGAAAACAUUUCUGGGGAAUACUGUAAAAAAUAUAAUGCAUUGUUAAACUUAAAUCAUGCAGGAUUUACUAAUAUUUUUGACUUGCUAAGGAGUUUAGAUUAUUGUUUAAUAUAUGAAGAAAUUAAAGAAGAAAAAAGAAACAAUAAAAAAGAAAUGGAAAAAAAUGUAGAAAGAGAUACAGAAAAAAAUAAAGAAAAAUGUGCGGAAACACAUGAAAAAAAGAAUGAGGAAAAAAAUAUAGAAAAAGAUUCAGAUAAAAAAGUAGAAAAUGAUGAGGGGAAAAAUGUAGAAAAGGAAAAAGAAAAAAAUAUAGAAAAAGAUUCAGAUAAAAAAGUAGAAAAUAAUGAGGAGAAAAAUGUAGAAAAGGAAAAAGAAAAAAAUAUAGAAAAGGAUUCAGAUAAAAAUGUAGAAAAUGAUGAGGAAAAAAAUGUAGAAAAGGAAAAAGAAAAAAAUAUAGAAAAGGAUUCAGAUAAAAAUGUAGAAAAGGAAAAAGAAAAAAAUAUAGAAAAGGAUUCAGAUAAAAAUGUAGAAAACGAAAAAGAAAAAAAUAUAGAAAAAGGUAAAGAAAAACAUAUAGAAAGCGAUACAAAAAUAAAUGAAGAAAAAUAUAUAGGAAAAAAUACAAAAAUAGAUAUAGAAAAAGAUUCAGAUAAAAAUAUAGAAAAUGAUGAGAAAAAAAGUGUCGAAAGCGAUACAAAAAAAAAUGAAGAAAAAAAUAUAGAAAAAAAUACAAAAAUAGAUAUAGAAAAAAGUACAGAAAAAAAUGUGGAAAAAAAAGUGAAAAAGGAUAUAGAAGAUGAUACUGGUAAAAAUGUAGAAAAUGAGUUGAAAAACAGUGAUAACAAUGAAAAAAACGGGAUAUCUGAACAAAAUUUAAUAAUUAAAUAUAAAACACCUAAAAUGGAUGAAAAUAAACAAUUUUUUGUAAAGAUAAUAUUGGGUACACUUGCGGAAUGUACUAAUUACAAUUCAAAAUUAAGUGAUGAAGAAACUCCAAUAAGUAAUAGUGUAUCAUUAACUAAGUUGCCACAAGAAGUGAAAAAAAUAUUUGGAUCACUUUUUAAUUUAAAGGCAUUACAAAUUCGUUGUGGCAUAGAUAAAUUACAGAUCUUUUUAGAAGAAAUACAGGAAAUUCAAAUUUUAGAAUUUCCUAAUGAUAUUAAACUAAGGAUAACACCGCAAACAUUUGAUUCAAAAAUACCUGAAUUAAAAUAUAUAAAAUCCUUAAGCAGCAAUGAGUUAAAACUUAAAUCACCCAUAAAAUUAAAUAGUAAGAAACAUAGUAUUUCUAUGCAAUUCCUUAAUAAAAAUAUGAGCUUUAAUUCUUACAAUGGAGAUAAUAAUUUUAGCAUGAAUAAAAAUAAAAUAAAUUCACUUGAUAAUAUACAAUUAAUAAAAUCAAUCAAUUCUAAUGGUCUCAAAAAUAUAAAUUAUUCUUUUAAUAAAAGUAAUGAAUCAUCUUGUAAAAUACCUCAAACAAAUUUGAAAAGUAUUUUAUUUGGUGAAAGUUUCAAUAUAGUAUCAAAUGAUUUUGAUGACAUUUUUGCAAAUAAAUUAAAUGAUAAUUAUAAUUGUAAAUCAAAUAAUUAUUCUAAUGGUUUAAUGAAUAUCUAUAAUAAAAAUAAAUUCUCUAGUAAUAAAGAAUAUUCGAACAAAAAUUUAAUCCCUAAAAUAUUGACAAAAAUGCAAUUGCAUAUUCUACUGUUUCAAUUAAUAGUUAUUUUAUCAGAAAGACAAAAAAUUGAAUGGAAUGAAAUAAGUAAAAUAAAGGAUCAAAUAUUAUAUUCAAAUAGUAGAUUGUCUGAAAAUAAAUUAAAUGAAAAAGAUGAAUUUCAAGAAAAUAUAGACACACAGAAAAAUGUCAGUAAACAUGAAGUUGACAUAUUUAAUGCAAAAGAAGUAGAUAUAAAUAAUAAUGAAAAUGACAAAAAAAAAGUUAAUAUUUUAGAUUUCUUAAAUACAUCAGGAACAAAUGGUUCAGAAUAUCAGAAUGAAAGUUUUAAAACAUAUGAUACAUCGAACCUAUUUAAAUCAGAAAAUUUAUCAAGUGAUAAAUAUACAAAAAAUUCUGACUUCUUUAAUUCCCAUAUAAGAGAAAACACUAAUGAACAAUUUAUAGGUGUUUUUGUCUCAUCUAUUAAAAGUGAAUGGAACAAAACAUACUCAGAUCAAUUUCCUUUAAGUUUUUAUCUAAAUUAUUAUAAAACAAAAAAAUUAAGAAAAUUAUUAGAAGAAAUACCUAAUUUAAUAAUAACAGGGUAUGGUAGAACAAUGCAAAUUUUUACUUUAGAUGCUGCUCAAGAAUAUUAUGAUAAUAUAUUUUCUGAUAAGCAAGCAAAUUUUAAAACUUUUACGAAAUCUAAAUUUACAUCACUAAGCAAUUCUCAGUAUUUCAAAGAUAUAACAUACAAAGAUAUCGCUAAAUCUUACCUUAAUGGAAACACAAUAAAUUUGCUUAGUAUUUUGGGAAAAGAUUUAAAAGUUCAUAGAAUGAACAUGAAUAGACAUUAUGAUAGGUUUAUGUAUAAAUCAAAUAAAAGUGGAAAUUACCAAAAUUUUGAUAAUUAUAGAAAUGAUAAGAUAAGCUAUAAGGAUAAUUUUGAAAAAAAAAGUUCCUUUUUAUUUAAAAAUGAAAAUUUAGAAAUACUAAGAUACCAUUUGCAUAAACUUUUAUAUAAUUUAGUCAUUCAUGUUUGCAAAAAACAGAAUUCAUUAUUUUUAAAAUAUAAAGCUAGUGGCAUUAUACUUAGUGAAUAUGAAACAAAUAAACAGUUGUGCGGUCCUGUUUAUUACUCCAGCGAUUUAACAUAUGAAGAUUUUGUAAUAGCUAAAAAAACAUUUUUUGAAAAAGAGCAAAUAAAAAAAAAUGUCUAUAUUUUAUCACAACAUGGCAUAUAUGGAAUUAAAUUUAUACAUUUAACAAAUGAAUGGUUUAAAUUAUAUAAAUGUGAAUUACGUCCUUUAAUGAAAAUUUGUGAUUAUCAAAAAAUUGGACAGAUGAUUUGCAAUAUGCCAAAUGUAUUUGUUGUAGGAGAAGGUUUUGACACUAAAUAUAUUCCUAAUACUCAAUUGGAUAACGAAAGCAAAACCUUUAAUGAUUUGGUAGCAGGAACAUUAACUAAAACACCUACUGAUAACUUUUCAUAUAACAAUAAAAUGGAUUUUCAAAAAAUAACUAAAGUUGCAGCAAACAUGCCAAAACGAAAUAAUGUGGCUUAUGAAAGCAUUAUGAAAUUGUUGUUCCCUAAUGUUUCUUCUCAAAGAAAUACAAACAUGCAAACAUGCUUCAAUUCUUAUUCUUCCUUGAGAGAUAAUAAAGAAUAUAAAAAGAAUAAAUCGACGUUUCCAGAUAUUUAUAGUUCUUAUACAUUUAAGAAUGAUAUCAGCAUUAAUCAUUUGUUCAAAAAUCUAUAA